AUGCCCGCAAAGAACUUGGACAGGCCUCAGAACAAGAGGAAACGACCAGCCAACAGUUCGGACAUCGAUGAACGCUUGAUGACAGAACAGGAGUUGGCCGACUUCAUCCGCACCUGCGCAGAAGAUUUCAAUCAUCCUGAGCCGUCGUACAACCUUCAAGAACGCCUCAAGACCAUGUCUGCACAGGAACAAGAUCAUCACAGGUUGAAUCUCUUGAAUUCUCUAGUACGGGCACUCAAGAAAACGACUGACAUCAUGAAGACCGCCAAGAAUCGCCGCCUCAUCUCCAAUAAAUCUUCACCCGAGUCGAUGUGGUGGUUUCUGAACGCAAGCAAGGAGAUAGAAAAUGAAGUGUAUGGAAGAUGUCCAACGGCCUCCAAACCAAAAUCGGCGAAGUUCAUGGGGAUCUCGGUUGUUCAAUGCCUCCCUCGCGACGAAGUUGAGAAACUGGUUAAUCACAUGCAAGAAGCUGGCAUCAAGGCGCUGAAAGGAGCUGAGAAACUGCUUAAUCACACGGGACACAUGGCCGAAUUUCUUGCGCGGGCCAAUGUGAUGGACGUUGAAUUUUUAAGGGUGAAAUGCUGGGAGUUGCUGGGAAGCGUAGAACAUAGUUGUCCGGGGCUAAAAGCUCGGAAGCAGAUUUGUAAUAGCGUAAUCAACUGUGGCAAGACCAAGUGCGAUGAACAUGAAGUCAUGUAA